AUGACAGAUAAUGGACAGGCAAAGAAAAGAGGUCGAAAGCAAGCAGCAUUCACACGAGCCCCGCCUAUUAUUCUUGACAGACGCGAAAGAAUAGAAAAUAAGUCUACUCCAACAGAGGACAAGAAAGAAGAAGUAAGAGAUACAGUCAUUCCAUUUAUGAGACGACCUGCAAAAUUCAACACGGAUGCCAUUUUAAAAAAUUUGACAGAUUACCCUGGACAUUUUGUUAUAGGCAUUAUUGGGAAACAAGGUGUAGGAAAAUCAACCAUCCUGUCUCAAUUUGCUCAAUUAGAUCAAGUAUUCUCAACACAACCUUGCGAACAGUUUCUGAUAUCGGGACACAAAACAGAAGGUAUUGACAUGUAUGUGACUCCAGAAAGAGCCAUAUUGCUAGACACAGAGCCAGUCCUCAGUUGGUCGGUGUUGGAAAAAGUGAUAAGAACGGAAAACUUGGAUGGAUUAAAUCCAGAUGUUUGGUUGGAGAUGGAUAGCAUAUAUACAGUUCUUUUUCUUCUAUCCGUUUGCCACGUUGUUCUUGUCGUGAAUGAUAAACCAGAGAUCGACUUGGAUAUUUUACAGCUAAUACAAAGAGCAGAGGCACUCAAGUUUAAUAUACCUGAUUACCCACUAUUGACAGGUCAACAGGAUAUGAGCUACUACCCUGAUAUAGUAUUUGUUUGUAAUAAAUGUAAGAGUCAGGAUUUUACUCUUGAAAAAUACAUGAACCUUCAAACAGCACUUGGCACUAUCUUUAAACAAUCUCAACUCAAAACACAGGGCCUGGUUCAGUUAGGCAGCAUCUUACCUUCAUUCAUCACUACUGGCACCAUCAAUAUCUUUUUCCUCCCAGACCAGCAAGAUAACACCAUCGAAUCCUUUGAUAUCCUUGCCUGCGAACUUCGUGAUCAAGUUACUGCUACACCAAGAAAGUCAGGUAAAAAGGGACAGGUCUCUGAAAAGGAUUGGUUUAAAAAUGCCUACAAGAUUUAUGAAUUAAUACACAAAUCAGACUAUAUCAAUGAGUAUUUACAAGUCGUACGUAAACUACGAGAUUCCUAG